UUUUCUGCUCCAUUCUAACCUCACAGAGCUGGAAGUGUUGCAGGUGGGGUAUAAUAUCUUUUCUGUGAUUAGAGAGCCAGUGAUGCUGUCUCUGCCAGCACUUACUGACCUGGAUAUGCAGGGUAAUAGCUUCACCUGUAACUGUGACAAUGCGUGGUUCCUCCAAUGGGUAAACACCAACAAGCAAACACAAGUGUUUAAUGCAUACAACUUUGAAUGCAGCUAUCCUCCAAACCUUAAAGGUAGAAAACUGUUGUAGAUUGACGUCCGUUCUUGUACAGUAGACACAGACUUCAUCUGUUAUAUUUCCACGGCAUGCGCGGUCAUCAUGACCCUAGCAGUCUCCUUCACUCACCAUUUCCUGCAAUGGCAUCUGGUCUACGCGUACUACCUCAUGCUGGCGUUCCUCUACAACUCAAAGAACAAGGACAAGCGUGCUCAUCAAUACGACGCCUUCGUCUCCUACAACACAAAGGACGAGGGCUGGGUGCUGGGGGAGCUGCUGCCCAAGCUGGAGGACGAGCAGGGCUGGAGACUGUGUCUGCACCACCGAGACUUCCAGCCAGGCAAACCCAUCAUGGAAAACAUUACAGACGCCAUCUAUGGCAGCCGGAAGACCAUCUGUGUGGUCAGUCGCGAUUACCUCGAGAGUGAAUGGUGCUCCAGAGAGAUCCAGGUUGCCAGUUUCCGUCUGUUUGACGAGCAGAAGGACGUGCUGAUCCUGGUGUUCCUGGAGGACAUUCCCAUGCAGCAGCUUUCUCCGUACUACCGCAUGAGGAGGCUCCUGAAGAGACAAACCUACCUGAGCUGGUCCCGCGCAGACGCACACCCAAACCUGUUCUGGGAGAAGCUCCGGCAGGCCCUGGAGACCCAGGAGCACCCAAUGGGGGAGCAUAUACUGCUCACAGUGGAGGACAGACCCCCUGGAGAGAGACCAGACCAGUAAAAGGCUAAGAAAUGCUUGGGGCGGGGUGAGGGAUUAUACUACAGACACCCGAGGUCUGUCUCUAUGGAGGGAAAGUGAAACUGUUCCACUUGACAGCUUUUUUGUUUUUGUGUAUUGUAAAACCCCUUCUUAAUCUAGUUAAUGGGUACAUUUGGUGUGGAUUUGUAUUUUUAUUCAUUGCGACAUCGGUGUAAACAUUGUCUAAUGUUUUCCAAUUUGUGCGGUUCGGCUACUGAUUUCUACUUCUGAUGAAAUCUGGGGAGAACUGACCUGAGGUUUGUCUUCGACAAUGAAGACUCCUUCAGGGUGGGAGUUCUGUUCUUUGCCAAUAGCUGAGUUUAUUAGCUCAAAUGCUAACCAAUCAUUAGCAUGCAAAGGUAUGUAGGCCUAUAACAAGAGUGAAGUUCCCUAAGUGUAUGGAAAGGCCUGCAUUUCAAGAUAUGUUCCAGAUCAGGUGUGCAAAAAAUGUCUGUGACACUUGUGUCUGUGUACCCAACAAUGUUAUUAGAAUUUCUAAGCCUGACUUUGCCCAUGCACAUUGCUGUGUAGAUAGCACCAUUGAUAAAAGUUUAUAAUAAUCAAAUAUUUUGUAUAAGAAUCAAGUUUUAUGAUGGAUAAUUAAUAACUAAAAGAUCAUUUUCAGUGUGAAUUUUUUUUCAUUUUCAAUAUUUAUCCAAUUUAAACGAUGAUUCUGAAACUGCUGUUUUCUUCAAUAUUAAUUGUAUUAUAAAUAAAAUUCUUGCUCACAGAAGA